AGCGAUGCAAUUGAAUUCGGGCCGUUCUAGUUCGUGGUCAACGGUCGGCUUGACCUCCGCUUCAAUGCGUUUAUUAGCAGUUAUACUGAUUUUAACCGCACUUGUACUUGGUGAAGUUCGCGAUAAACGAUCUGUUGUGAAACUUUUGACGCAAUUGGGUCCUAACGGAAAUCAAACCCUCGGUAAUUUCGUUGACUUCACUCCACUGCUAGGAUUAAACUAUGGAGAUCCGAAUCCGCGUGUGCGUAGAUCGUACGACUUCAUCGUAGUUGGAGCAGGUCCCGCUGGCUGUGCGGUGGCCAAUCGGCUAUCGGAAGACCAUAGAAUUAAUGUGCUUCUGCUGGAAUUGGGUAAAGCUGAGAUGACCAUUGCCCAGGAUAUUCCGGGGUCGUUUAUUUUUCAAACAUCAACCGAUUAUAACUUCGGAUAUCUUAGUGAAAAGCAAAAGGGAGCUUGUCUUGGGUUGAUUAACGAACAAUGUGCGUGGCAUCAUGGACGAGGCUUAGGAGGUUCAACGAUCAUCAACAACAUGCUGUACACGAGAGGAAAUUGGAGAGACUUCGAUCUGUGGAAUGCAUCCGGCAAUCCGGGUUGGAGCUACAAAGAAGUGUUACCGUACUUCAUCCGAGCUGAAGAUGCCAACUUGCGAGACUUUCAGCACAAUGGAUACCAUGGUAAAAGAGGCUACUUGUCAGUCGAAGACUCGCCGUACAGAACCCUACUAGCUCCUGCUUUCGUGAAAAGUGCUCAACGAACCGGACUUCCAUACAUCGAUUACAACAGCCGGGAUCAGUUGGGUGUAUCAUACUUUCAGUUCACGACGCGACGUGGUUUGCGAUGGUCGGCAGCACGAGGAUUGCUAAACCCAAUUAAACGUCGCAAUAAUCUUCACGUGCUCGCGGGAGCUUGGGCUACAAAAGUUCUUAUAGACGAGAGUUCAAACAAAGCUUAUGGGGUUGAAUAUACCAGAAAUAAGCGAACAUUUACGGCUUUAGCGAAACGUGAAGUCAUUUUAUCAGCUGGAGCAUUUGGAAGUGCUAAACUACUCAUGCUAUCUGGCAUUGGACCUAGAAAACACUUGAAGGAGUUAGGCAUCAAGAGGAUCAAGUCUUUGCCGGUUGGUGAAACUCUAUACGAACAUCCGGGUGCAAUUGGACCCGUUUUUACUGUUUCGAAGCCAAUCGAUAAAAACAUCAACUUUGAACGUCUUAUCACUGUACCUAACGUGAUCAGCUACGUCUUUGGUAAAGGACCGUUCACGUCGGCGUUCUGUGAAGCAGUGGCGUACGUGAAGACACCGUAUUCACCAUACUCUGAUCCGGAUUGGCCAGAUGUUGAGUUGAUACUAGUCGCGCUCCAAAUAGGAGAUGAUCCUACACCGGGGGGACAGAACUUUUUCCGGGUGAAGAGUUCUAUCCUUAACAACUAUUUCCGACCUCUUUACAAUACCCGGGCCUUCAUGUAUCUUCCCAUGCUGAUGCACACAAGGACGAAGGGAUCCAUGAAGUUGAAGUCCACCAAUCCGUACGACCACCCAGAUUUCAAGUACCAAUACUUUGAAGACGAACGCGACUUGAAGGCCAUCGCACAUGGAAUACUAACUGCCAUCAACAUCACCGCCCAAAAGCCCUUCCGCGACUUGGGGGUCAAACUGUACACGGUUCCGCUGCCGGGCUGUGAAAGUUUCAAGUUCAACUCCUUCGAUUACUGGCAGUGCUACGUGAGGGUGCUCACGACGACCUACUACCACUAUAUCGCAACUACCAAGAUGGGGCCAGCGUCCGAUCCGACUGCCGUGGUUGAUGCUCGUUUGCGUGUUCACGGUGUGAAGAAAUUACGCGUUGCCGAUGUCGGAAUCGUCCCGACAGCUCCCUCGGGUCACAUCUCAGCUAUUGCGUACAUGAUCGGUGAAAAAGCUGCCGAUAUGAUCAAGCGUGAUAAUUAUUUGGAUUAGAUUUGAAUUAUACUUGCCAUAACUUUGAGCGUAUAGAUUACUUUUGAAAUAAAAAUGGCAAAAAAUUACGACCUAAAUAAUCACAGCCAAUACUAAGUUAUAUAAAAAAAAUCGCAUUAGAGCUUCAACCAUGCGAAGAACAUGAUCGUAAACACCCGCGCAACACAAUAUAAAGAACAUUAAUCAUCGAUCGUCAAACAGUAACAGCUCGA